AUGGAUCUGCUUGCUGACGCCCUCACCCCGCCAGGCUCUCUACCAGAAGAAGCACCCUUCGACUCGUUUGCACAGUCGCCGCACCUCUCCGAAUAUGCCCCGCUGGUCAAGACGAAAAGCACAUCCAGCCUGCUGAGCUGGCGGACGGGGCCGCCGCCACCCAUCGACACGGCCAAGCGCCUGAGCAUCGAUGCAGGGCAGCUGGACCGCAUGGCCAGGUCGCCCAUUGUGUCUGAGCAUGAACACGGCCUAGGCUCUUCAGGCCUGCGUCGCAUUCGCCAACAGCCAGGCCCACGGCAGCUGCAGACGACCCAGCGAGCCGCUUCGUUGAACAUCGCUACUCCGCCAGUGUCGAGGCACCCCUCAGAGUCCACGCCCACAGCGCCCGCAUCACCGACCUUCGCCUUUGGCGAGGACCUCACUCGUUUCCCCUCCGAGUCCCUGCACUCGUUCUCCUUCGCGACCCAAUCCGAAGAGUUUAUACACAACCGCCAGAAUGUGCUGAAGCGCUCCAUUGAGUUCAUGCGAGACAGGCUCGGCUGGGCUGCGACCAAUCCCGGCAUAGCCAACGCUCAAGCCAAACUCAGCGGCGAUCAAGAAGUGCAGAGCAUGAUGGAGCUCCUGACCCGGGCAAACCUCAUAGGUCAAGACGGCACAGGAGCCCAUGGGCUGGGUGCUUUGGGCCCAGUGACAGGACCUGCCGACAUGUCUGGCGAGAACCCAUUCGAGAAGGGAUUCACAGUCGAUCGAUCAGCCAGCCCAGAGAGCAUGCUCGAAGCAGCGAGACCCCCAGUACACAGGGCGACUACAAUCGACUUAGCCGAUAACAGCAGCACGUCAGACUCUCGAGAAGGACGAAGCUCAUCGAGUACCGAUUUGACCUCCGACGCGUCGAGCACACGCGUAGCGGCCGCCUCUCCACCUCCACCCUCCUCGCAGCCUGCACGACCCCAACGGGCCGCACUAAAACGUACCCUCACCGACGUCGCGCCUCUCACGAUACAAAGUCAGCUCCACGAUGCCCUUGCACAGCCAUACCGGGUCGGAGACCAGGAGAAGAUCGGAGACCUCGUUUCUCCUGCGAGCAUACCGACUCUGCCACCAAGUUUCAGCAAUGCACCAGGGCCUCACUCUGCGGGCUCAGCGCCGCAUGGACACGGAAGUCGACACGCUCCAGCAGCACAGGCCAUCUUUACGACCGAGACAGACACGCCGUGGACUAUCACAUCCGCAAACGACUUGGCAUGCUUGGUAUUUGGAGUAACAAGGGCGGAGGUCCGUAAGCUGGGCAUCCUCGAGGUCGUGCGUGAGGACCGCAGGAAAUGGCUCGAGAGCAAGCUGAAGGAUCCUGAAAGUGGCUCGAAGAACGCGCCGGCUGGAGUAUCGGCUGCCAACAACAAUCUCAAGGUCGGCAGCGGUGUCACAGCGCGGUUACUGAGCAAGGCUCCAUCACGAGUGACAGCCGCGAGGAAAGCACAAACGGACGACGGCAGUGGAUCCUCCUACUACAACGCGAAGAAGACCGGCAAGCUGAACCACGAACACAAGGGCUCAAGGGGCGUCCUACUCUGUGGAGACGUUAUUCCGAUACAGAAACGCGAUGGCUCGACCGGGUCUGCCAGCCUGUGGGUCAAAGAGAAGCGGGGCAGUCUCAUAUGGGUGCUUGAAGAGAUCGCCGAAGACGUCGUGUACAUCACGGUCGACGAAACAGGCUGCGUAUCCAAGGGCUGGGGCGCAACGGAAGCUGUCUUCGGGAGCGAUCGGUUACGGAGGGGCAUGGAUCUCAAGCGUCUCAUACCAGGUAUACCACGACUCCGAGGAACAAACACUGGAGUACUAGACUACGACUCCAUUGACGAGUUCCGCAGCUACACAGCUCGCACGUCGAACAGCAUCAAUAUACCCGUGACUGUGGAAGCCUUGCCUGGCGAACCUACCUUCCGCAUAUCUAGCUUCCCUCACAUCGCCGGCAUCAUUGUCCUAUCGUCCGACGACCUCAAAAUUACGAGUUCCAAUUCCGUGUUCUCCGCGGCUCUGUUUGGGCAGCCGCGACCUGAAGGUAUCCACGUCAGCAAGCUCAUACCCGCGUUCGACAGAAUUCUGCACGUCAUGACAGACGAGGACAAGAUAGAGCUGGUUGACGGGAUCGUUAUUCCCGAACACAGCUUUCGUCGCGCACGAGCCCUGCUCGCAAUGCGGGAAGGUAGUGCAGAUGCCGCAGCCAUCUUCCUGCGACCAAGUGGUCUGCCAGCCUUACAUCGCGACGGAUCAGAAAUAAUGGUUGACGUGCAAAUGCGAGUUGUGAAGAGCGAAAAGUCGCCCCGAUUUGAUGAGAAUGUCAUUGAAGAGGAAGAUGGGUCAUCGAAACCAAACAAGGGUCCAGAGCUGGUCUACGCUUUGUGGAUAACAUACUCCAGGCAACUGCACGCUGCGAACCACGGUAUCGGUCCAGUGACUCCCCUUAUGUCACGGCCACCCUCACCCCGCCAACCGGAGCCAGGCCAGUCCAGUUUCUCCGUGCCACAAGAACCCGAAUCACAUCAAUCGCAAGGAACACCGCCUACAGUUUCACUCCUCACACAGCAGAUUCAAGAAGCCAUGCGGCCUAAUACUCCGCAACAAUCUCAGAAAGGAGCCAUGGCACCGCCGCCAGCACCUGCACAGGAUGAGCCAUCCCAGAAGAAGACUAUCAACGAUUUUGUAGUGUUGGAGGAUAUGGGCCAAGGCGCCUAUGGGCAAGUCAAGCUAUGUCGAUACAAGAAGAACAGCAACAAGAAGGUUGUGAUCAAGUAUGUUACGAAGCGGCGCAUCUUGGUCGACACAUGGACACGAGACCGAAGGCUUGGAACUGUGCCGCUCGAGAUUCACGUCCUGGACUAUCUCCGCCGCGACGGCUUUAAACACCCUAACAUUGUGGAAAUGGCCGAUUUCUUCGAGGAUGACAUCAACUACUACAUCGAGAUGAUACCACACGGUCUACCGGGCAUGGACCUCUUCGACUAUAUUGAGCUACGUGUCAACAUGGAAGAGAAGGAGUGCCGUAAGAUCUUUGUUCAGGUCGCAGAAGCGGUACAUCAUCUGCACACUAAAGCGAAGGUCGUACAUCGAGACAUCAAGGAUGAGAACGUUGUCCUCGACGGUGAAGGCAACAUCAAGCUCAUCGACUUUGGAAGCGCAGCGUACAUCAAAAGCGGACCCUUUGACGUCUUUGUAGGCACAAUUGACUACGCUGCCCCAGAAGUCUUAGCUGGAAAAGCCUACCGCGGUAAAGAACAAGACGUCUGGGCCCUUGGCAUCCUCCUUUACACCAUCAUAUACAAAGAAAACCCCUUCUAUUCCAUCGAUGAGAUCAUGGAUCAUGAUCUCCGCGUACCGUGGGUCAUGUCGGAAGAGAGCAUCGAUCUUGUGCGACUGAUGCUAGAUCGAAAUGUGGAGAAAAGGAUUACCAUCAGCAUGGUGCUUGAGCACCCUUGGUGCAAGGGCGCUGGUGCUGGCAGUGGGGUGGUUGGAGAAGCCGCUUGA